AUGGCCACGCCUACUCCUGCGCCUGCGGCCGACGAUCAACGGCUCGGACCGCCGGUAUCUAAGAGUAUCGCCCCUGUUAGCGCCUGGCAGCGGCGCCACCCGCGACUGGCGCGUCUACAGCAACCCGCCAGUACUGUACCCGCCACGUCCUCACCGCCUGUCGCCGUCGUGGCGCCCACCACCGUCUUUCACACGCGCCGUACUCGCCAGCAACGGAAACGGAGGUCCGAAGAACUGCUUCAAGCAGAGUCAGAACGCAGCCAUACCGAUACUAAACCAGAAGCGGAGCGUAAUCCGAUGCCUGCUUAUGUCGAUAAGUUGCCUGACCCAAAGACAAUUGGAAAUUUGCCAAGUAUUCCUAAAAUUACCCGGCCAGAAGUCAAGCGAGACGGCGAAGCCGUGCCCGCUAAACGCAAGCGUGAAAAUGUUUGCACAGAGCUGCCACCUGCUGCGGAGAAGAAGCGCGCGUCGUCGCCGGAGCUGAUGGCGUUCAAGGAAUUGCGCAAUGACCAUAAGGAGCAUUACAUGCGUCGCAAUAGCGACAAGUCAGCAAGUCCAGAGCACGUCGAGUCAGGCGCAGAAGGCGCCGUGACCUCCGAGCCCCCAAGUACUGAACGAGAAAGGCGACGUUUGUCCAGCGAAGAUACUGAUCUCAGGGAAGACGAUGAACAAGGCUUCGUUGAAAACAAACAAUGUGUUUCAAUUAUUAUGUCUCAAGCAAAGGAAGACUUCACAGAUGGGCAAUCAGACAAGAUCCCAUUCAACACAUUAAUGCACCAAACCCUUCAGCUUAAUGAGAAACUCGAGCUGAAGGAGGCCAAACAGAGAAGCAACAAAGUACCAAGCCCGAAAACGUCGCCUAAUGAACGAAACAGAUUUGGUGAUAUUGAUGAGAGAAUCACACCGUCUGCAUGCCUCGACACGUCGCCCGAUAGCCAAGGCAUGUUGGGUCAGGACUCGAAUAUGCGACUCGGUUCUGAAGCCCUUGAUAUGAAGACAAAGGAUUUGCUCCCUAUCCCACCCAUGAUGCCAAUGUUCGGCCCUUACCAGCCACAAAUGCCUUGGCGUGAACCAAGACGACGAGCAGGUGAAAAAUUCGGUCCUACACGAUUCCGAGGUCCAAUGCCACCAUACUUCCGAGCCGGCAAGUUUGAUAAAAGGGCUGUUAGACCCUUUUUGGACCCUCGUAUGGCAAUACCUCCUCUACCUACACCCAAAAUUGGUAUGUGUCAAGAACAGUGUCCGCUACCACCUUACAAACGAAGCGAAUCUCCACCUCCAUUGGGAGCUCCAGGCUUCGCAAUCCCACCGACAGAUUUUAAAGUCGUUAACUAUAUUGACCAGGACCCCUUCAAAAUCAUCCAAAUUAAUGGUAUACCUCGGGCAAUCAGGUUUUACGGUAACACCGCCGUAAUUAUGCUGGAUUGGGAUGAUCCAAGGGAAAUCAAGUUCCUUCCUGGAUGCAGACGAGUAACGUUCGAUAAUAAACACUCAGUAGUACUAACAUUUAGUGAAGGCUACAAGCAAGUGGAAUUUGAUGAUCAAGUAUUCGAUAUUAAAUUUGGUGCACCGACACGAGAACUGUAUAUAAACGGUAGGUGGUACGAAUGUUCCUUCGGUGGACAGCCAUUUGGCGUAAUUAUUGACGGUAAACCAAGAUUGGUUCAUGUGGAAGGGCCUAUGCCUCAAGUGGACAUCGGUAAAGCUAAACGCACCGACUUAGUAGCCGGUAAGGUCAAUCUCAUUGUGAAUGCUAGACAGGUGCAUCCAGUGUACUUGGACGCAAAGGUACAAAAGAUUUGGGUCAAUGGACAGUAUCUGACCGUGCGCUUCGUAGAUUCAUUGCGCACAGUUUUAAUCAAUGAACAGCCUUUUAAAGUAGAAUUUGGAGGCCUUCCCAAGCCCAUCGUUGUUGGCAGCGAGAAAUAUUUUUUAAGGUUCUCGGCUCUGCCGGGAAAUAUUAAGCCUGGACAUGUCCAGAUUGCUAAUAUGGAAGGUAUAUUGCCACUGGUGCCACCCGUUAAGAAAAUUGGUGAACUUAAAAAAAAAGAAAACCCAAUAGAAGUUUACCAACAAGAACAACCCAUUGCGCGUCCGGUGAAGUUACCAACAAAGGCAGGUGAACCUAAAGUAAAGGAGUCCUCUGAUGACGUCGCAUCUGACUCAUCUGAGGAAAAUAUGGAAGAGGAAGCCAAAGAUGCGGAUGAGUCUGCAGAGAGUGCAGAGGAGUCUGACAACGAGUCUGACAACGAGUCUGACGUUGAAGACGUCGAAGACCUGGGGGAGUUGGACCCUGCUGAUGACGAAGAUAAUGAAGCUGAAGGCGGUUUCAAAGCAGAACAACUGGUCGAGCUUGUGGAUGAAGAUGACCCUGAAACGGGUGUUGAAGUUAGUGCUGAAAGAGCUGCUCAAGACCAUCUCGCAGAGAUCGAUGUUAGUAAGACCAAGGUCAAGCGGGAACCCAUCGAUCCCGAGGAACCAAUAGGAACUGCUGAAGAAGAAACCAUCCUAGCGCGAAUUACCACACAUUCAGCAGAGGACCCAUCUAUCGAAGGGAACCUUCAACUGGACGCGGCAAAUCAUGAAAUUAGUGUAAAUAUAUGAUUACUUAGCCUGUCUGUAAAUUUCUAGAGUUAUGUGUAAGGGUACAAAUUGUUACACGAGUUUGUAUGAUUGAAGAAUGUGUAAAUAUUUAGUUAUAUAGAAUCUCUUUGCAGGGUUUUAUUUCCUUGAGAUGUGUUUUGUUGCCGCAUUAGUGGCUUUUCUGUUGUAUAAAAAUAAAAAGUCCUACAAAAAUUAAAUAAAUGUAAUGUUUAAAAAAAUGGUGUAUGUUUAUUAUAGUUUAGGUUUAUGGUAAUCAGAAUGAACCUUUCAAUCAACUCUAUAUCACAUGUUAGAACUCUUGAUUACAAAUUGUUUGUUUGUUUAGUUUACUAUGUGUAAAUAAAUAUUUACAUCAUGAUUUCUAUCUU